AUGCCCACCUUGGCACCUCCCACCACCCACCAUCCUUUUCUCAACACCAAGCCUAGCCUUUCCACUACAGGCACAAUGUUUGCGGGCCGGUCUACCGCCCUUGAAAAUCCUGCCGCUUUCCUGGGUUUCCAUCACCAUUCUUCUUCCCACAUAGCACCACCAGCUAUGUCUUUCACCAGCGUCACGCGGAUGCCCCAGGCUCGCACAGACAUUCAAAUCGCAUUCUAUCAUCCAACCGACAUGACCAUUAGUCAGAGAGUUGCAUUGGCUUUGGCAAAAUACAAGAAAGAAGUCGAACAGGUGCCUACCAACAAUGCCGGUCUAUCACAAGCCAGUGAGAACGGUCGUAUACAUGCUCCAUUACCAGAUAGCGUUGACCAGUUGGCGGACACGGCUGAUGUGGGUGAAGACGCCAAACUCGACAUGGAGAUCUACGGCAAGGAUUUCACAUCAAGUGCGAUACCGCCAAGCAAACCCUCAAUUUCCACGAUGACCGACCGGAAGGAUGCAGGGAUGGAUGCUUCACCCAAGAUUCGAGUGUGGAAGACACCGCAGCGAAAGAGCUUGACCAAUAUGACCACGAAGAGGAAGGCACGAGCCCUGGAAUAUGUUCAGGAAAACGAGGCAAACCAUGCAAAUAAAGCCGAUGAGUCCGCCAGCAGCGACUUGAGUGCGAGUACAUUUGCCCAAAACAACCACUACUCUAGCUCAAACAUCGAAUUUGCUUCGUAUAGUCCGCACGCUGUGUCAGAGUAUAGCAACAUCGUAGAAACUACCUUCUACGGUUGUGGGACGAAUCAGGACGGAACGGAGCGCAAAGGGGAAAGCAUCAACUUUCACUACGAUGUGGGUCACGACGGCGAGGCUGGAGAGAAUGCUACUUUCGGGCCUCCCAAAACAACCACGGAGGAGGCCAACGCUUUCCUGGACAGCCUGAACACAUCAUCAAUUGCUGCAGGUGUUCCAGACUCAGCUUCCAUUAGUGGGACUUCUUUCAAGUCUGCGCCUCGGAAGAUGGCUAUAGGUCGCAAAGGAAAGGCUGGUAAGAUGUCCUCGAUGCAUAACUUCACACCGUCGAAACCUCCGCAAGCAGAUGCAGCGACCGGAAGCGGAUUUCAGGGCUUCGGCGUUGCAGACGGCUCACCCACUCCUAAAUCUACUGAGCAGUCGUUCUCUUUUGGACAAGUCUCAUCAAAGCCGUCAUCGUCUCCGCCCUGCGACUGGGUAGAUGAGAACACGGAGCCGGUAAAGGAGAAGCCAUUCGAGAUUCCAUCACUCUUCAAGGAAUAUGCAAACAAGUCGUCCUUCGAGACCUUGGUGAACCCAGAUGGAUCCAAUUGGCCAAAGUUCGUUCUUGAGAGUCAUAAGGACUGGAACAAGGACCGUCUAGACCUCAACGGAGAGAUCAUGAAUUCUUCAUGGUACACAGACAAGGAAAUGACUGCUUUUGCGAUCGCUCAAGGAUGCGCUGGUUUCUUGAACGCCGGUGAAAAUCCUUCUACUAUUCACACCGAUCCGGAAGACAUGUUCCCAUUCCUCUCCCGGAAGGCACUCGAAGCGUACUACGAGUAUGCGGACAAGGAGAGCAACCGAAAGCUUGAACUUCUCGAAGAAGUUUGGCACGGGAUCUAUCUUGAGUAUCAAGAGAAGAGCCCAAUCCUCUGGGCACAUGCAAACGAUAUGGGGAAGGUCAACGCCAUGGCCGAAAAAUAUCAGGCUGUCUGGAAAGAGAUGGCACAAAGCCAUGAGGCGCGCAACAAAGCGCUUGCGGACAUUGCAUGGGCGAUCCGUAAAUGGGCAUGGCUUACUCGGGCAGUGCCUGCUUUCAAGCGGCAGAUGGAAGUGUCUGAGAAGAACCGAAAGCACACUAGCGCCUUGUCAAAGAUCGAGUGGCCUCGCAGUCAUUCAUCCACGGUCGGACCACCUGGCACCAGCAACGUUCAACUUUCACUGGAAUACCCCCAAGGUCUUUACGGAAAGGACCAAACUUCAGAUGGCGGAGUAUCUAUGUCUCUGAAUCGUGAAUCGCUGCCAACCGACGUGACGCAAGAGCGAAGCCAUGACAAUAGCACAGUGCAAUCAGAGGACGGCAUUGCUGACAGAGCGGGAGUCAUCUCAACUUCGGAGGUUCUUGCACAAAAGCAGCAAGCCCGACGAAGCCAGUUUGGAGAUCACCUGGUGCUCCCAAUCUGGGAUAGUAUCAUCAAGUACACCUUGGGCAUCUCCUUCACUGCAAUAGUCCUCUCUUUGGUCUCUAUAGCCCCUUAA